CGCGAAGCAGCCACGACGACACAGCCCGUUGUCCUCAUCACUUGUAUUCAAGCCACGCAGGUUUCAUGCACACAACUUCUGCUGCUCACCCCAUGUAUGUUAUGUGUGUGAUUGCUGUGUUGACGGCGCUUGCGCUGCUCUCCAGCGCGACAGCCAACACCGUCAACGAUGAGAGCCUUGUUGACAGCCACCGCCAUGUCAUCGCAAGCGACUAUGCGCCACUCACCGCCGCCCAUGGGCCCCACGCCACCACCACAUGGGAGUGGAAGCAUGUCACGGCGUUGGCCGAUCUUCCGGUUGCCGACCGCUGCAAGACUGAGAUUGCGCUCUCCCUGAAAGCAAAGGAAUGCCGGCGGCUGUCUGACGAUGAAACAACCAGAUAUGCCAUUUUGCUGUAUGACUGCCAGCUUCAGGCACUCUCUCGCCCGCGUCUCCACUGCGAUGAGGACAUGACCAACGCGGAAUGCACGCGCGACCUUGACAGCGCAGAGCUGAGCGGCCUGAUUACUUUGAAGGCUUCGGUGGCAGCGCAUUGUCACGAAGCACAACAGGUGUUGUGGCAUGUGCUGCACAAACGCACAUUGUUCGACCUGUCCGAGAACAGCCACCGCGCCAUUCAUACUCUUGGAAGUCUGCAAACACGUCAUGAACAGCUGUCAACGAGCAUGGGGGCGCUGCUUGGCGACAUUCACACGCGGCAGGAGGACUUACUGGACCAGCAGCACGCAAUAUCGGACGCACUCGCGCAGUCUGCAGAUGAGAUGAAGGUUCGCCUGACACAGGCGCUCUCGAAUCAAGCGCAGCUGCUUGCACAUCAGCAGCACGCGCUGGACAACCAGGACGCAUUGCUCAACGCAAGCUACGUGACGCAGGCGGCGCUUGCUGGCGUGAGCCGGGAGAUGGAGCGACACCACGGCGUUGUUGUCGCGUUUCUUGGCGAUGUGAUGCACGUAUUGCAGUCCAUUCGUGAAUUGGAGGAAUCAACUGGGUUUGCUUUCGACGUGAUGGUCAAGAUUGUUUUCUACUUGCUUGCAUUUGCCUUUGCUGUUGUCAUCACCAGCUCAACCAACACACUGUGCGCAAGGCCACGUGUGUUCUCGCUGCUGUUGCUGCAGCUGCUGUGUGAGAUAUUCAUCUGGCCUCACUCCUGGUGCUGGCAAACACGAAAGGCAACGUUGUUGGCGUGCAUGUGCGCGGGCUUGUGGUCGCUGCUGCCAAAGAGAUCAUCAAGCGGAGGAGCACAAUCGCCAUCACUGUCAUCACAAGCACCACCAACGUCAUAUUCGCCCAAUUCAGCAGCACCUUCUUCUCUAGCUGCAGCAAUGAGCGAGUCCAUGCACACGCCCGCAUUUGAGCUGCGUUGGCUCGUGAGAAGGAUGCUGCAGAUGGUGGAGGGAAGGGCGCUGAGGAAUAACGGAGGUGCUGCAGGCGCCACAGGCAACGAUGCUGCUGAUCGCGAUGAUGAUGACGAUGACAGUGGAGAUGAGAAUGAUGGUGCUGACAUGGGUGCUGGACACAGGGGUGCGAGCGGGUGUGCUGAUAUCGGCGAUGCUGGCCUGUACUCGGACGAGGAAGAGUUUGAAACGGAUUGCGAGGACGACAUGCACGAAGAGCUGAGCCACCUCGCUACAGGUGAUUGUGUUCAAGACUGCCCACCUCAACGAGCAGGGUAUGCGCUUCGACGUCGCCCUGUGCACAUCUGCAGAAAUCCCCUGCUGGACAUUGAGACCCCAGACCAGUUUCUGCAGGCACACAUGAUGUGGGGCAAGCUGGAGCCCAUACUGAGGGCGGGGCAGUGUGAUGACGGCAGUUCAGACAAUGACGACGACGACGAUGACGAAGAUGAUGAGGUGUAGUGCCGUUGUGGUACUUGCGGUAAGUGAAGUGGUGGUGGUGGUGUUGUGUAGCGGUGAUGUGACGUGAGAUGUUGGUGGUAUGAGAUCAAAGUACUCGUGGUUUUGGUUGUGCGGGUUUAAUAUUGGCACGAGGACACGCACGCACGCCAUCAUACAGUGAAAGUUGUCAGUUACUUGGAACCAAUAAACGCCACAGCGUCG